GGGCUCGCUUUCAAGGUCAGAGAGUUAUAUAUGUCCAUGGGCCUAUUUAACACUCCUAUAAGCCCAAAUAUAGAUAUAUUCCAUUUUUGUCGCCGGCGAUUUCCUCACCGUUAAAUCGACGUUCGAAAUUCCGAGGAGAGGAAUCAUACCAUGGAAUCGCACCACGCGUCUCUAGGUCGCCGUACUUUGGAAGAGAUUCGUCAAAAGAGAGCAGCUCAAAGGCUAAGCAAAGCUUCUUCAGGUCCAGAUCUUAGUGAAAUUCCCAAUCCUGCCGAUUUCCCAGUGAUCAGAAAAUCUGAGAGCGGAAAUCGACUUUCUGAGACAGAUGUUGGUGCUUUAUAUUCCCAGCUUAAAGAACUGCAGAAGAAGAAUGCAGAAAUGGAGGAGCGCAACAAAAUUUUGUCUUCAAAGCUUCAAACGAAGGAAGUUGAGAAUGAAUCACUUGAGACUCGGUUGAAUGUGCUGGAACAAAACACAGUGCCAUCUCUGAGAAAAGCCCUCAAGGAAAUUGCAAUGGAGAAAGAUGCUGCUGUUGUUUUACGAGAGGAUCUCUCAGCUCAAGUUAGGACUCUUAAGAGACGUGUUAAUCAGGCAGAGGAGGAACAAUAUCGAGCUGAGGAAGAUGCAGCAUCUCUUAGAGCAGAGCUUAAUUCGAUACAACAGCAAGCAAUGGGUAAUUCAUUUGCUGGCAUGUCGCCAAUGGGAGUUUCCCCAGACCAACUACCAAUAUUAGAAAAGGAGAUGGCUAACCUAAAACUAGAAUUACAGAAAGAAUCAGUGUUGAGGCAGCAAGAACAACAUCGUUUAGCUGAAGAACAAACUCGAGUAGCUUCUUUAAUGUCUGAAAAGCAGGAACUGGAACAGAAAAUUUCAGUUUUAUCCAGCAGGGCCUCAGAAGUAUCAGAGUCUGGUCAAAAAGUAUUUUCAGUGGAAGAUAAAGAAAAACUCGAGAAGCAGUUGCAUGAUAUGGCUGUUGCACUUGAAAGAUUAGAGAGUAGUAGGCAAAAACUUCUCAUGGAAAUUGACAACCAAUCAUCUGAAAUAGAGAAGCUAUUUGAGGAAAACUCGAACCUCUCAGCUUCGUAUCAAGAAUCAAUCAACAUAUCAAAUCAGUGGGAGAAUCAAGUGAAAGAAUGUCUGAAGCAAAACGUAGAACUCCGUGAAGUUCUGGACAAGUUGAGAACAGAACAAGCUGGUUCUUUUUCACGAGGGCCUUCAGAAUUUGAGGCAAAUGGGUCGCAUGGAACUGAUACUCUAUCCCUCAAGGGUGAACUUGCGAAAGAACAGAGCAGAGCGGAAUCAUUAUCUGCUCAAGUCCUCCAACUCUCAGCUCAACUCCAGCAAGCAACACAAGCAUACAAUGGGCUUAUGCGCAUCUAUAAACCUGUGCUUAGAAACAUAGAGAGUAGCUUAAUCAAGCUGAAGCAAGAUGGAUCGGUUACAGUGGCACAGUGAAUCAGGAACCAAGGGCACACUUCUGAGUAUUGAAUAUAUUUUUAUACAACAAAACAUCUAUUUAGAACCAAGGGGACAAGUGAAUCUAACACUUUUUUCUUUAUUGAACAAUUUGGUUCGUUGUGUUGUAACUGUUGUUCAUUGAAAGCUUCGGUUCGUUUUCCUCAAGUUUGAUUUUGGAAGGUUUGGAGUUUGGUUAUAGAAGUGAGACUAAACCGAAUUUCUAAAUCUCGACAAUGUUCAAAUUGGUUUCCUU